AUGUCAGUAUUUGAAAAACAAGACGAAUUAGAAAGAGAAUCAAAUAAAUUCUGGGCAAAUACAAACUAUUUUCCAGAAAUAAUCGUUAUAUUCAGAGAUCAACUAUAUGAAAAGUCCAAAAAUAAAGAAAAAAAGCUCAUUGAAGCUAUCCUCACCAAAGACUCUAUUAUUAAAACAAGCAAGAAUUCUCUCUUCAAAGCAGCCUCAAUUCAAUGGAAAUUAGUCACUCCAUUUAUAGAAGAGCAAAAUGGCGAAACAUUUUAUGGCUUUACUUUGGGGCAUAAAAAUUGCAACCGUGAUUUUUAUGUUAAUAAUGAAAAUUCAUUAAACGAUUGGAUCAACCAUCUACAGCAAUUCUGUAUCAUGACAGAUUUUGAUAAUGAUUUUGCCAUUAUUAAAGAGCUAGGAAAAGGGAGCUUUUCCAAAGUUUACCUUGCAGCAAACUGUUUAACAAAACAGAUAUAUGCUGUCAAAGCAAUAAGUAAAGAGACACUUUUUGAGAAUUCUGUCAAUUUUGUUAACCAAAUUAAUGAAAUUGCCUUAUUAAGAAAAGUGAAUCAUCCGAAUAUAAUUAAGCUCCAUAUGGUAUAUGAGAACGAAGAUUAUAUACACUUGGUUUUAGACUAUGCUGAAGGUGGGGAUCUCUAUCAAAGAAUACUUAAGAAAAAUAGUUUUUCUGAAGCAGAAGCAUCAAUAAUUGGGGCUAAGAUGCUCGAUAUUUUAGAAUAUUUAGAGUCAAUGCAUAUUGUGCACAGAGAUAUUAAGCUAGAAAAUAUUCUGUUGACAUCAAAAGAUAGAAUAGAUAACUUUAUACUUGCUGAUUUUGGGUUGGCAGAAGAACUAAAGGAAGAAUCAACGAAAAAGUGUGGCUCGCCAGGCUAUGUAGCUCCUGAAAUAUUAAGAAAUCAUUCUUACAGCUAUAAAGUUGAUGUAUAUAGCACCGGUAUUGUUCUAUAUAUUCUUAUUUCAGGAAAAAUGCCUUUCUUCGGGAGAAAUUCCAAAGAAAUACUAAUAAAAAACAGAGAAGGGGUAAUUAGUUUUCACAACCAAAUUUGGAAAAAUAAAUCAAAAAAUGCAAUUGAUGCUAUUCUCAAGCUUACUGAAAAGGAACCAGAAUUUAGACCAAGUCCUAAAGAAGCCUUCGCUCUUCCUUUUUUUAAUAGUGUGACUAUAAAUAGCACAUCAUUGUCAAAAUUAGACAGCCUUAAAACAAAUUUAGACACCAGUCGAGCUAAAAAUGAGCCUUUUACAUUAUUACUAAGGAAUGGCCAUAAAAAGUAA